AAUCCAAAAACAAUCAAGAGAGAGAGAGUUUGUUGCAGGGUUCAACAAUGGAAGCGGAACUGGCAGAGUUAGAGACAAUUCAAACCCAAAUCCUCCGACGCAUAUCGGACCUAGAGCUCUCCCUUCUCCCUGCCGGCGCCGGCUCCGAUAUCGAAGAAUCUGAACUGGUGGCGGAGAGCGAUACCGAAGCUCGACUCUCUUCCAUUCUGCGGAGCCAUGGCGUGAAGGACUUCUGUUUCAAGAAGGUCGCUUCGGAUUACUACAACUGGCCUCUCGAGGCUCGACGAGACGCCCUCUCUGCCCCAUCGGUCGAUCAUCUCUGCAAAAGCAUCGUCUUGGUCAAUACUCAAGCUCCAUCUAAUGUUACAGAUUGCAGUGAUCGCAACAAUUCAAAAUACUAUGUUGUUGUUGUUCAGUAUACUGCUCGAUUCAAUGCUGAAACUGUUAAAAAUUUCUUGUAUUCACUCAAUGAUGGCAAGAUAGCAAAAAAGAAAUUUAACUUGAGGCUUGCACCUGAGGAGACUUCAGCAAAGUUGACUGGAUACGAGCACAAUGCUGUAACAUGUGUUGGUUUGAAGACAGACAUUCCGGUGAUUUUGGACGAAGCGAUUACAAAACUUAACCCCAAUUUCUUCUGGUUGGGUGGCGGUGAGGUUGAUCUGAAGCUCGGGAUUAGAACCUCUGAAUUUAUUGACUGUGUGAAGCCUUUCAUUGUCAGUUGUAGUGGUGGUUAACAACAAGGGCUCAAAAGAGAACUCUUCAUCAAACCAAGACCAUGCUAAAGACAACUCUCUUUAUUUAUAUUAAACAUUGUAAUUUUUGGCCAUGGCUAAUGGCAGAAUAGGAGGUCAGAUUGGUAUAAUGACUUAAUGUUUUGUUUAGGAUUUGAAAUUUGAUGAACAUUGGAGGGUCCACAGCAAAAGAUGUAUGUAUAGGCCUUGUCUCGCAUUGUUGUUGGUGGAAAAGAUUGAUGAAGGUGACACAUGGAAUGUUAGACUGAGCCACAAUUCAUCAAUAUAAGCCAUUAAUUUUGGUUGGUUGUUAGUUAA